UUUUUUUCUUGCUCUUUAUUCCACAGACUAGGGUUGUGGGCCCGACCCGGUCCGAAAGAUGAGUCUUGAUACGAAUCGAAUUUUGACCCGAAAAGGACUCGGUUGGGCCGGCCUGAUAAAAUAAGGUCCGACUCGAAAAUGACACGAAAAAAUGAGGCCCGACUCGGAAAUCCCAACCCUACCACGCUUGAUUUACUUUAACUUGAUCCUUGGUUUUGAAUCCAUAAAAGACCAUAGAACCUCGGAAAGACCUAGCAAAUUAGAACAAUGUGUGGAUUUGUGUUCGACAACUCUAAUUGCUGUUGAAACAAAAGAAGGAAUUGUUGUUGCAACAGAUUCUCGUACAAGUCAAGGCUCUUACAUUUCUUCCCGCGCUACAAACAAAAUUUCUACAAUUAGCGAUCAUAUUGUUGGGUUAAGAGCUGGGAUAGCUUCGCAAUCUCAAGCAAUUUUUGAUAUUGUAAAGUAUUAUGCUGAGGCACAUUCAAUGCUUGAUGAAGAGCCUAUACUUGUUUACAACGUUGCUCAAUAUACUCGCAAAUUUGCAUAUAAUUAUCGGGAUCAAAUGACUUUUAGUAUUAUUGUUGCUGGUUAUGAUGAAGAAAAACUUGGGCAAAUAUAUGCUGUCACUAUUGGAGGUUAUUCUAUUCGACAAAAAAUUUACAUUACUGGAAGUGGAAGUACUUUUCUUUAUGGAUAUAUGGACAAGAAUUUUAAGGAAGGAAUGUCGAAUGAAGAGGCUGUUGAGGUUUUUUUUAAAUUUUUUUGGGGGUUUUUAUUGACUUCCACACUUUUCUGUUCCAUUCAAAGGGUGAAGAUUUCUAAAAAUUUUUCUGUUUUUUUACAAAUUGUUUUUGAUCAAUUCACCGUUUUACCUGUUCCCUCAAAUAAGGAGGCGCUAAUUUUUUCUCAACCUCCCUCCCUGCUUUUGUUCGAUUCCCAGUUAAUCUGUUUUUACCUUCCCGUUUUCCCUCAAACAAACUUUACCACAAAGAGUUUGUUUGGAAGGCCAUAUCUUGGCCAAAUCAAAAAACGGGCAAAAACGGCUCAAAAUCCUUCCUAG